GGCCGCCGCCGUGGCCGGGGCCGCCGCGGGCGGGGGUGGCGGCGCGGCGGCUGGAGCCGCAGGGCCGCCCGCGUUGGCUCUUCGGCUGGAGGGGGGGGUGGAAGGAGGGGUGGCGGCCCUGCCCCGGCACCGGCCGCCACCGGCUGUCCCCGGAGGUUCGCUCCGGGCCACAGGCGCGGGGUGCCGCGGGCAUCAGGGAGCGGGGGCCGCCGGCGGCAGCUCGGGCCUCUCCCCCGUGGCGCUUCCUGGCAGGAGCCUGCUGUAGCAGGGACGGUCACCCUCCUGGCUGCCCUGCCGGCGUCAGCGCUUUCCUAUAGUUUUGCAGCCUACAGCAGUGCGACCUCCUCUAAGUCCGGGCCCGCGUUACCUCUUCCUGCUCUGGCUGCCCUUGCAAACAGCGCAAAUGAUCGUGCCGAAGCCGCCAUGUAGCUCAACAUGAACUUUAACCAUCAAGAUCAUUUAUAAAGUGAACAGAACAAUAUUUUUCCUUCUGAGAGCUGGCUACAGGAUUCUGAGUUUCUCCUUCAGUGCUUCACUACCUUUUCCUAAAACAGGACAUGGAGCUAUAUUCCUUUCUUCACGUUAGGUGCUAAUGAAGUUAUUUGCUUCAUCAGAGGAAAUGCAGAUCCAUGAAAUUACAUUUUGUGCAAGUUGUCGUUAACUCUGUUGGCAAUGUCUAUGAUUUUAUCUGCCUCUGUGGUCCGUGUGAGGGAUGGACUCCCACUGUCUGCGUCUACUGAUUAUGACCAGAGCACAGGAAUGCAAGAAUGUAGAAGAUAUUUUAAAAUGCUCUCAAAGAAACUUUCUCAGCUUCCUGAUAGAUGUACGCUGAAAACUGGGCAGUAUAAUAUAAACUUUAUAAGUUCUCUGGGAGUGAGCUAUAUGAUGUUGUGCACUGAAAAUUAUCCAAGUGUCCUGGCUUUCUGCUUCCUGGAUGAGCUUCAGAAAGAGUUUAUCACUACCUACAAUAUGAUGAAGACAAAUACUGCUGUCAGACCGUACUGUUUUAUAGAGUUUGAUAAUUUCAUUCAGAGGACCAAACAGAGAUAUAACAACACACGUUCUUUGUCAACAAAGAUGAAUCUUGCUGACAUGCAGACAGAAAUCAAACUGAGACCACCUUAUCAAAUUUCCGUGUCAGAACUUGGUUCAGCUAAUGGGUUCGCACAUUCAUCUGUGGCAGAAUAUAAGGGCACCGGUAAGAUAUCUGCAGCUCCUCAUCAGCGUCUGGAACCUGUGACUCUGCCAGGGAUUGUCUCAUUUGUGCUUAGUUUGUUAUGUGGGGCUUUGAAUUUAAUUCGUGGCUUUCAUGCAAUAGAAAGUCUUCUCCAGAAUGAAGGCGAAGAUUUCAGCUACGUUAUUGCAUUUUUUCUUGGAACAGCAGCAUGUUUGUACCAGUGUUACCUGUUUGUAUACUACACAGGCUGGAGGAAUGCCAAAUCCUUCCUGACUUUUGGGUUAAUUUGCCUGUGUAACAUGUAUCUGUAUGAACUGCGCAACUUGUGGCAGCUCUUCUUUCAUGUGACUGUGGGAGCAUUUUCUACCUUACAAAUUCGACUACGACAACCACAGGGAAAGUCCCCUGAUUACAAUGUCUGACAAGGCCUGGAACGUUUAGAGGCAGUCUUGUUCCAACAGUUAUUCACUCUCAGGAAUGUAAAGCUGUUCCCCAAAAGAAGAAGCAGUCUGGAUGGACUUUUUUUUUUUUUGUUAAAUAAAGCAAUGUAAUAUGCCUGUG